AUGGAUAAGCAGCUCGACGUAUGCUUCGACCGUGUCGAGAAGGCAUUGGGCACGCUGGUCGACUCGAUUGCCAAGUAUCAUCCCUCCGUCGCCCAAGUUAACGAACUGGGGCUCGCCGACGUUGAGCUCAACAAGGGCCUCGAGGACUUACAAACCCACCAAUCUAACCACCGACGGAUCCAGGAUCUACGAGCAGCGACAACCAGCUUCGAUACUCAGAUCAAGGAUACACUGCGCCUACUGGCCAACACGCGGAAGGAACUUGUCAAUGCUCCUGCCACCGUUUUCCCGUCUGACCGCCCUAGCUACGAUAUCGACUACGACGAACUACUCGCCUACGCUAGCCGGAUUAGCAAAACUACUAUCCCUCCCGCUGGUGCGGCGAACGGCCUUUCAACUGAACCCAAAACCGAGAAUAGCGGAGGACCUGGAAUAGAGACGGCUGCCACAACACCCGCGGGAGGGACACCGGCGAACACGAAUGGAGCGCAACAACAAGACCUCACGUCGCAGUCACAGCAGCUCGCUACCACAGGCAGCGGCGAUGCGGUAGCCACACAAGAGGAACUACCAUGGAAGUUAAACCCAUUCAGCGACGUCGAAUUCGUGCCCUGGCCAAGCGAGGAGUCCGUGCGCAAAGGAGCGCUAGUUACUCUAGCCUUCCUCUCGGAGAAAGGUAUCGACCCGGAGAACUACGACCCCGAGGAAGAAAAAGCGCGCAAGGAGCGCGAAAAGGAAGAACAGCAGGCAGCAGAAGAAAGAGAGAGGCAAGAGCGCGAGGAGAGGGAGCGUAGGGCCAGAGAGGAGCAAGCACGGCUGCGGGCCGAGCGCGAGAAAGAGCAGAGGGAGGCGUGGCGGCGCGCCAGCGUUACUGGGGGUGCGGGACCAAGUCAAUCGUCGCCGGUGGGAGAGAAGAAGCAGUUCCAGUUUAUGGCUGAUGAUGAUGAGGAUGAUGACGAGUGA